AUUUCUAAAUCACAUCACUACUCACUGUUGUCAAAAAUUUGAUCGAACGCAGGCUUUUGUUCGGAAUUGAUUAUCUAUUUUCGGAUGAAAAUAACAAAUUCUUCAAGAAUGAUUCAGUGAAUGUUGUGUUAAAUAUUCGUAGAAGCUGGCAGCUUUCGGCAUGAAAAUGUGGAUUCCAUCAAAAUCUCCUAAGCUAGGAGUCGCGGUUUACAACUGGAAAGGAGAUGUCAGGUCGGGAUUGCCACUGGAAAUAGGAGAGACCAUACAGAUAUUAGAAGAAAAUGGAAGUUGGUACCGCGGCUUCAGCACAAAGAACAGGUCGGCUUGGGGCAUAUUCCCAGCGUGCGUGGUGUCGAUCCGGCCAUGCAUCGUCAAGGGAUCAGGGCCGACCGCUAUCGCUGAACUAAAGGAUGAUCCCUUAGUAAGGGAAAUCGCAUGCGUCCUGAGAGAAUGGGCCCGAUUGUGGAAGAAGCUUUAUGUGGAACGAGAGACCUACAGAUUCAGCGCAGUUGCUAAAGUGAUGCGGGAACUUCUAAGCGGUCGGAGGGCUCUCCUUGCCGGCACGUUGACGCAAGACCAGACCAGAGCACUGAGACUCAAGCUCGUCGCUAAGCUGGAUUGGGGGAACAGAAAACUUGGGUUGGAGCUGGUGCCUCGCCGAGGCGCAGAAGCCGUUGACCCUGAAGAUAUGAGCCUCGUGGAACUUUACAGGGUCCACGUAGAAAGCGCAGAAAGGGCAGCAGCAUGGCGAGGCACACUCCGCAGAGCCGGCGGUUCAGGCAGCAGCUUCAACUCGGGAACCCUUACAUCAAACAGUUCAACGACCUCUACAGCUACCGUCCAAUCCCACCACCUCAGUUGCAGUAUGAGAGACUUUGGCCACACGGCUGGAGGUGACGAGGCUGAACUAUUGCUCUGGCUCCAUGACGCGAGGAGAGCUCAACCUUUGUCAGAACGAUUCAGGAUCAGAAUAGCAAGGGACGGGUUCUCGAACUACGUGGAUCGAUUGCAUGCGAACAGCACGUUAUUUGCGGACCUAUCAACAACAGAUCUAACCCGCGAGUUAUGGCUAGUCGCGUGGGUGAUCCGCGUAGGUCGGUGGGCAGGCGCCGGCAGCAGCGGUAGCGGUACCGGCGAGAGACGGGGACCGGUCGCGAGAAGACCUUUGGGUGCCGGAGUCUUACCCCUCGCUGACUUCCUCAGGCAGCCCGGACAGCAUCCCGGGGAGAAGGAGUAUACGUUUAAAGUUUACCAAUGUGAAGAGAAAGAUUUCCAUCAGUUACACGACAUGUUAAUCAGAAAACAAACAAACAAGUGCAAUAUUUUACCUGGACAACCUAACUACGGUAUAGUAGUAGCCCUCCGUCUCCUAUCAAACGCAGGCAGCAUAUCAGAAGCAGUAAGCUCCGGGGCUACAGUGACGGCCAAACGGGGCUUCCCCGACGUCAUAAUGCCUGGUGACGUCCGUAACGACCUCUAUCUGACACUCGAAAAGGCGGAGUUUGAGAGAGGAGGCAAAAGUACGGCGAAGAAUGUUCUAGCGACUGUCACUGUACAUGAUAGUACGGGACAGGUUAUCAAUGAAUGCGUAUGGGGCGCAAGUGGCACCGGCUCGACGUCCUACGAGUCUGUAGUCCUGUACCACAACAACAGUCCCGCGUGGGGCGAACACCUCCGUCUCACCGUGCCGCUGGAGACGUUUACCAACGCCCAUGUCCGCAUUGAGUUUAGACAUUGUUCUACACGAGAUAAGACAGAACGUAAACUAUACGGUUUCGCGUUCGCUAGACUGAUGGAAGCGAGCGGCGCUACAUUGAGAGAUGGAGCGCACGAGCUAUACGUUUAUAAGUGUGAUGAUCCCUCCAAGUUAACGUCAGCAAGCUACCUAUCUCUGCCGUCAUGCUCAGCGGAUAGUGCCCGCAUGGGAUCAUCCAACGGCAUAGUGCCAACAUUCCAAAGAAGUUCCAAAGAAAAUUGUACCAUCAGCACGUUGUUAUGCUCUACUAAGUUAACUCAAAAUGAGGAUCUCCUAGCAUUAUUACAAUGGCGGGCCCGACCGGAAAAGGUUCAAGAGACAUUACUCAGAGUACUGAGGCUCGGCGACGGCUUGAGUUGUGAAGAGCUCAUCAAGUUCCUAAGAGAUGUGUUAGAUGCAUUGUUCGCUUUGUUCUCCACUGAAGAUGGGAAUAGCACGCCACAUUCGGGCACAGUAUUCCUAGUGCUAAUAUCGAUAUGCAGCUUACUCGAUGAGAGUCGGUUUCAGCACUUCAGACCAGUUCUCGACGUUUAUAUUGAAGAACAUUUCUCAGCUGCGCUUGUGUAUAAAGGUCUUCUCUCAUCAGUCCAACACUGCGCAGAAUGGGCCGCUAGCGCAGAAGGACAAGAACCUAUUCGCAAGUGCUUACGUUCCUUAGGCGCAGUGUUCCGUCUAGCCGUAAGAUCUCGAAGACUGUUCGCUAGAGCGACCGGAGGACAGUAUGAAGACAGCUUUAGAAGAGAUGUUAGGGCUGCCCUGCAUGCCUUGAAAGCGUUUGCGCAACACCCGUAUAAAGAACAUUUGGCGCCGGCUCAAGUAGCCCUAAUGUCCUCCUGGGCUGAAGUAACGCGCGAAGUAUGCGGAGCGCUGGGAGCGAGCGAAGCGGCGCGAGCGGCUGCCCUAGUGCUGGACGCGCCGCACCACCACCCGCCGCCGCCGCCGCAGCUCGCGAGAGCACGGCUACAUGCCGCACAGGAUAUAUUGAAAGGACCACUGGGAGAAGAUCCAGAAGCCAGAAACAUAAUCCUAACCACCGCUUGCCACCAUCUACGAGUCCACCUCGCCCGUCGGGACGAGUUAUCCCAAUGCGCGGAAAUGAUAGGCGAGCUCGUAGCGCUACUAUGGAAGAAGCAGGACCCUGACAGGCCGGUGGAUGAUGAUGAACUGGACCCAGACGUCGAUGUGCUCUGCUUAAAUACCCUCGAUGUCCUCGUGGAGACUGUCUUGCAUCUGAUUGGAGGAAACUCGCCGGUGCUUGGAGCAAUGGUAGCCGGUCUUCUAGGCGUGAUGGAACUUCUAAAGCCGGUACACUAUCAGCGACUGUGGAGCCAUCUGGCGCCCCACCCGCACGACCGCAAACCCUUGAAAGACUUCUUGAUGCGAGCCUUCUUAGUGUUCCGACAUCUUAUUGAACAGGACGUGUUCCCAGCUGACUGGAUGGUGUUGCGUGUACAAAGCUGUAAAGUCCUUCUGUCUGCGCUUCAAGAUCUCGCUCAACCGUUACUAGAACGCUUCCUAGGCGAUGAGCCGCCACAGUUCGAUUCACAGCUAUGGUCGGGCUACAUGGAGCUAGGAGUGGCGCUGGUGACGUCGAGCGCCCUACAGCCGGAGCGCUGGUCCGGCCGCGGCCCGCACCGGCCCCGCAUGCGUGCCGCUGCCGGCAUGCGAGUGCUCGCCACAUGGAAUAUGCUCGGUCCAGCUCAACUGCAUUUAGUACCCGGAGCCGUAGGAGCUUUACUAGAAAUAACUUUAGUCAGCGAGUUACGAAGAGCAGCUUUAGGCGCGUUAGUGGCACUAAUGGCGGCCGAACGCGCUCAUACGGGUGAAGCUAGAAGGACGGAGGCAGCGUUGGUGGACAAACUAGACUCGUUAGUCGCUGAUAAUAAGGCCGAUGAUCAUUAUAGAAGACUGUUUGAUACUGUGUUAAUGGAACGCGUUUCCACGGAGGGUUGGCGGGAAGCUGGGGCGGCGUUUGUAGCGUGCGUGACGCGACUGUUGGAGAGACUGCUGGACUACCGCGCUGUAAUGCAGGGCGCAGAACAUAGGGAUAAGAGGAUGGCUGCUACUGUUAAUUUGUUGAAUUUCUACAAGAACGAGAUCGAUCGCAAAGAGAUGUACUUGCGCUAUGUGUACAAGCUGCACGAUCUUCACAUUGCGUCUGAUAACUUCGUUGAAGCUGGAUGCACUUUAUUGCUGUAUGCAGAAACUCUAAGCUGGGAGAGCGAUCAGAUAGGCGUGGACUCGGAACACCCAGACAUGCCCGAGUGGAAACGUAAAGAGGCGCUGUACAACCAAGUGCUGCAAUAUUUUGAUCGCGGGAAGUGCUGGGAAAAAGGCCUGCCCCUACUCAAAGAGCUUGCAACGCUAUACGAAGUAAAGCUAUGCGACUACCCUCGGCUAGCACACUGCUUACGUACUCACGCGACCUUCCUAGACUCUGUGAUGGAACAACUCAGACCUGAGCCCGAGUACUUUAGAGUCGGGUUUUAUGGAAAAGGAUGUCCGCUGUUUGUUAGGAACAAACAGUUCGUAUACCGCGGGCACGACUACGAGCGUAUCGGCGCGUUCACGCAGCGUCUUCAGGCUGAGUAUGUGGCGGCGCAUAUAUUGAUGCGUAACACCCCGCCUGAUGACUCCAUUAUCGCUAAUGAUGGCCAAUACAUACAGAUCUGCAACGUGAAGCCAGUGGCGUCCCGUCGUCAGUGGCCCGCCGGCACUCCGGAACAAGUGAAGCGAUUCUACGCAUGCAAUGACGUCGACACCUUCCUAUGUGAUAGGCCGCUACAGAAACCGCCCAUUGAUAAGGAUAAUGAAUUUAAGAGCCUCUGGAUAGAAAGAACGACGUUAGUGACAGAGAACACGUUGCCAGGCAUUCUGAGAUGGUCCGAAGUUAUAUCCAGAUCUGUUGAAGAAAUACCACCGGUCGAAUACGCCUGCGAAACAAUGGAAUCAACCGAACGGGAACUCCGCAGCCUCAUCUCCCAAUACACAGCCGACCCUACCUUAAACAUAAAUCCAUUCUCUAUGCGGUUACAAGGUACUAUCGACGCGAACGUUCAAGGCGGGAUCACGAAGUACGAACAAGCGUUCAUGACGGCAGAGUUCGCGAGAAAUGCUACGCCGAGAGAGGCAGCUGCGGCGGCUAAGUUGAGGAGAUUAGUGUCCUCGCAAUUGGCUGUUGUGGAUGCUGGGUUGUCGCUACAUGGGAGAUUGGCCCCUGAAGAUGUUAAACCGUUGCAUAGACGUCUUGUAGAACGAUUCAAUCAGCUAAGACAGAACUUGGGACCAGGAUUGGCUCGAGCCCGCCGUCAACUAUCAGAAAGUAUUGUAAACACUCCACUGCCACCCGUCCCAGCGUUGGACAAACGAUCUCAAAGUAUUCAACAAAGUGAUAACUACUAUGAUGACGGACAUCUAUAUGAUAAACCGCUAUCAAUGGAAGACGCAAUGGAGCAACAAAGCAUUAUGUCAAGCAGCCUACCUAUAAGCGACAACAGAGACUGCAUUGAAGAUAACUCUAUGAUCAAGUCUGCACCGCCGCUGCCUAUCAGACCCAAGUCCGGAGACCCUAGGAGUCCGACGAGACCUCCGCUAGAGAAGUACCGCGAUUCGAUCGAUGGUGACCUGGUAGAGCAGUGUCGACACAGCCGCGCUUCAUGGAGCGAGCCAGGAGACGCACCUCCACUGCCACCAAGAGUUUCAGGCGACAAGCGUUCGUGGAUCGAGGCGCCGCCGGCGAUCCCUCGUCGCGCCCGCUCAGGCGACGCGCCCGACGACGCGCGGGACUCGGGCGUCAGCGUCGACCACGCGUAUGGCAACGCUGACGAACACUCGCAUCUGCAUAAAGAUCUCGACCUAACAGUAGACUCACUGCGCUACGAGGAAAUAAUCUCAAUGAUGUCCGAACCUCUUCGCGUCGACGAGGGUGAGAAACCUCCCCCAAUCCCUCCCAAAGGGCUCGGACAUCUCAGCUCCUUCGACUCGGGACACCACGAGAACGGCGAGUCACAUUGUUAAACGAAGUAAGAGUUGUAACAUAGAAGCUUCUAGGUCGCACUGGAGACAACUAUCAAGGCGCAUUAAUUAAGAGUUGUAACAUUGAAGCUUCUAGGUCUUACUGAAAGACUACUAAAGAGGUGCAUUGUACGGAAAGAUUUGAAACGGAAAAAAUGUAUUUACCACGAAAUUAAUAAAAUGAGUGUUUUAACAUCUUGUUGGCAGUGUAUUCAGAAACGUAAUUUGCACUUCGGUAAUUAGCCUCCAGUCCUACUUGUAAGCUCCUAUUUUGUAAACCACAGAAAAUCAUGUCCCGUUUCAAAUUCCGAAUGUCAUGAUUUGAUUGGCUGUUGCAAUUUUUUAAACCGAUGUCAGCACCAAACAACGGAAUAUAAGAUCAAAAAUGGCUUCUCGCAAUUUUUUAUUUCAAUAUUAUGAAUGAACACAACGCUUUCUUUGCUGUCAAUACAAGGUGCAUUAUCAGCCAAGUUAUUAACUGUCGUUGUUGAGAAUUUGAAGUAGCUUGAAAAAUUAUGAUUUCCUGAAAAAAUUGUACUCAUGAAACCAGGAGAAGACAAUGCACACACACACAUUGUCGAUAACAUUCAAAAGUAAGAUUAGUAGUUGUAAGGUAUAACUUUGGGACUCCGUCAUUUGUAUAUUCGAAGAGAAAAAUAUUAAUUAUGAGUAAUUAUAUUUAUUUGAAAAUCAUACCGGAGAUAAAGUUCUUCAAUUGAAAUAAGGGCUCGUUCUAAGCGUCAUACACGGUUGACAAGGCAGAAGCAAUUUGGAGGUUGAAAUUGCUGUCUCAUAGUAUAGAAAUAUGAUUUGUGAAUUAUAUCUUGUCCGUCAUAAAAAAAAUUAAAUCGUAUUUAUAAUCAACAUAUUAUGUGCGUUUAAAAACUCGAAUUGCUGUCAUAUUAAUGAAAUAACGCCUGCUUUAAUGUUCAUAGCAAGGAGUCGUUCGUCCUCUUGCUCAUUUUAUUCAAAAAGGCGUUACAUAGUUUACUUAUGGUAGAAGAUUUUUUUAUUUUAAUAAAAUAUAUAUUAUGCAUAUCAUUCCUUGAAUGGAAUAAAAUUAUUAGAUUUAAUUUUAUGUGAUUAAUCAGAUUAUAUUUUUUAUUUUGUUUUUGGCACAAAUUGCAUUUAGUUUUAUGUGUCGGGGCCAUAUAACAGUGAUAUACAUAAUGUUAAUUUUCUCACAGUUACAAUUCACUCACUAAUAUAAUGGACUGAGAAAAACAGUUUUUAUUUUUAUCUAAUCUGGUAAGAACACGAAAGUGCAUAAGAAUUGAAAAUAAUUCACACAUAUUCUCUCCAAUUUUAUAUAAUAUUUUAUUAACAAUACAUAUUAGCUAAGUAUAAUAUUUGUUUGAAUGGUUAUGGCGUCAAUAUUUUAUAUACGUGAUUUUAUUUCAUUAUGAUUCCUAAAAAGUAUUAAUUGGGCAACCUUUUUAUAAAUUGACAUUAAUUGUAAGUAUAGCAUUACAAUUAAAUUCGUAUUAUUUUUUAUAAAUUUUAUUUGAGCUAUUAAAUAUAGCCCUUAUUAGCUAUCAACAGUAUUGCUUUUGCAUAAUAUUGUAAUGAAACAUCAACAAAAAAGUUACAAGUCGUUUUGGACUUUAUGUUUUCUAUUUAAAUUUGUAUGUAUGCUAUUUAGAAGUCUUUUUAGUCUUAAAAAAUAUAUUAAUCAAUUUAGACUAUAUAUAUUCUUUUGCUCAAGAUCUAUGUAGCUAAUUUUGUGGAGUCCGUCUUUGUGAAAAAAAUAUGAAAAUUAGAAAAGAGUAUUUUCUGCUGUGCUGUCGUUCACAGGAAAAUGAAUUAAACGAUUUCAAACUAUAAUCCGAAAUGUAGAGAUUCCCGAUGUUCUCAUAUUUUGGAAAUAUGUACCCAAAGGUUGAGUACGCUUUUUGUAAUGUCCUUCAUAAAGUUUCUGUAAACUCCCUAAUCUAUGGUGCAAUUUUUAUUUACCUACUCUUUGUAUCGUUUUUUGAUGAAUUUUGAAACAUUUUCAUAUUACAGACUUUAUAAUAUCAACUUCUCACUUAUGAAUUAAAAAAAUAUUAAGUCUUUUUUAUAUUUGUACCAAAUUGUCUUUUGAGAUUUAUAAUACACUCUAAAUAUAACGCUUUAAAUAUUUUGAUCUCUUGUUUUCGAAAUUUGAUAGUAUGUGAAACUAAUAAAAUUCGAUUUUCAUAUGUGAAUGAAUAUUAACUUCCACAGUGCAUUAAUAAUUUAUAUUUUAAUCACAAAAAGCAAUGCAAUAAAUAUACCAAAUAAUAUAAGUACACAAUGUGAAACUAAUCCAACUUUUUACUCCAAUUUAAAAAGUCUUUCCGAUUGUCAAGUGAUAUUUUUCAUACAUUAACACGUUAGAUUUUUUAACUAUAGCUCUUAAGUUCUAGGUGUUAAGGUUUACAUUUCCAACGAACAAUUUCAUAAACUCUUUACAUCUGUUAAUGUGUUUACUCGUCUGUAAUCGUAACAUGUAUUGUUCCAUAUUUUAUAUUUUACUAUUAUGUAUUAUCUAGUUUUUAUGACUAUAUUAUUACUGUUGUAUACUUGACGGUUUUUAGGAGCCAUCAACUCGACGCCAUCGUGUAGGCUUGGAUGAAGUGAGUAACAGAGCGAUGUUGGAAUAUUAAUGUAAGUCCUAGAACUAUACGAGUAUAAGCCUACUUUUUUCUAUACAAUAUUUUAUAGCGCAUUACAAUAUCAAUGGCCUAUUCUUGCAUUUUCAUAUAAAACGUUAGAUACCUAUUUUCUGUCUGAACGCACAAAAACUCUAAGUGAAUGUUUACUUUGAUAUGCUUUUAUUGGAACAUCGGUGAAGAAGAUGGCAAAGUUGAUGGCUCUUGAACACUUACACAGACUUCAUACGACUAUAAUUAUUAUACCGCAGCGUUUGUUCUUACCAAUGUAACUCUUGAGUUAAUUUUAUACAUUUUUAUCAUAUACACGUAAGGAUUCGUUUCACCGCCUUGACAUAUUUAUUUUCAAACCUAAUUGACCAGACUUAUAUAAAAUUAUUCCAAGGAAAAUAAUCUCGGGGCGGUGAAACGUACUCCGAUAGAAGUUUUUGAGCAUUUUAAUGUUUCUAUUAACUAAUUAUGUACAACAAGUAUUGAGUUACCUAAGCUGAAUGAUUUUCGACUGAUAUUCAACUAGUUAUUGUAUGGUUAUGUGUGAUUAUUGUAUUCCUUUAUGUUAACGUUAUAAUAUUUCUCAGUAGUUUAGACGAUUCGUAUUUAAAAAUAAUUUUAGCGUAACUAAUUAUAACCGUACCAAAAAUUUCUUCAGCUAUUUUUAUAAAUAAUUUAAUAUUACAUACGCAUUGGUAUUUAUUAUGUUUUAAAUAUUGUAUUAAACGAUUGUACUGUUUGUGAAUUGAAAAAUAAAUUGAAUACAUUGAAUAGUGUUAGGUGGAUAGCUCGCCAAAUGAAAUUGUUCAGUACAAAGCGUAGUUGAAUUGAGGGCGCUGACUAGUGAUGAAACGUAGCCAUUUAUCAUCAGUUUAUAUGUAAAUGGCAGAAAUAAAUAUUUAGUUGGAUGCAUGAA